AUGGCUACAACCGACUCGAGGCCAGUUGCUUUAGUUGUUGGCGCAUCUCGCGGCAUAGGAAGACAGGUGGCGAUAGAUUUGGCAAACAAUGGGUAUAGAUUGGUUGUGGCUGCUAAGAGCAUAUCAACUGUACCGCAAGGAUCUCCCUUUCCACCGGACCCAAACUCGUCAGAAUCUACAAUCACCACCGUACAACGUGAAAUUCGAGAAAAUGGCGGAGAAGCCAGCGCCAUACAAGUCGAUGUUAGAGACCCUGCUAGCGUGAAACGCAUGGUCGACUCGACUAUCGGAAUAUAUGGCCGUUUAGAUGUCAUUGUUUACAAUUCAGGCGCAAUAUGGUGGGCAUCGGUGGAAAAUACACCUAUGAAACGUUUCUUGCUUAUGCAACAGGUGAAUGUGGAGGGCCUAUAUGCCACUGUUCAGGCCGCCAUACCGCAUUUUCAAAACAAUGGCUGGAAGGCUCGUAUUAUCGUGGUUAGCCCGCCUAUAUAUUCAAGAUUUUUUCGAGGAAAAACUGCAUAUGCAAUGGGAAAAGUUGGAAUGUCCGUUUUGACUAAAGGACUUGCUAUGGAUUGGAUAAGAGAGGGCAAACAACAAAUGGCUAUUACAAGCAUCUGGCCUGCCGCUGCAAUCCAAUCAGCAGCGACUCCAGAUCCAAGCUAUAUACAAGACCUCAGAAAAGCUACUAUCUUCUCCGAUUCGAUCUUGGCCAUGCUUAGGUCGCCUGCAGAAGAGGUCAACGGCUGCCUCGAGCUAGAUGAAGAUUUCCUUCGCAAGAAGGGUAUUACUGAUUUCUCAAAAUAUAGCGUCGUGCCUGGAGCAAAUCCACGCCGGAUUAUGCCGGCUCAGCUACCAGAUUUAAGAGUUGCAGAACAUGACGAUGAAGGUAUGCGUUUGGAUAGUACCGAAUUGCGCCGAACCUCAAAGAUAUAG